UGCAAACGACAAAUGUUUGUGUUUACAUCGAGUAUUAAUAUUAAUUGUAAAAAUGGAUAUAUUAAAAGCAGAAAUUGCGCGAAAACGCAAGUUGCUUGAAGAGAAGCAGCUGGUGGACGAAAACAAAAAGUAUUUUCGACGCGGCGAGCUCAACGCAAAGGACACAGACGAAGUGCUACAAAAAUUGGGCAACAAGCAACCGGAGGCAGUGAAGCCGCAGGAAGCAGAAGGCGCCUAUAGCUUUGUGGCUGAUGGACAGAAGCAACUGCAACGCUCUGAAGUUAUACGACGAUUAAGAGAACGUGGAGAAGCUAUUUUGCUGUUUGGUGAAACUGAGAGUGAAGCAUUCGAUAGACUGCGCAUCUGUGAGAUUUCACAACCCGAGGCAAACCGUGGCUUUCGCAAUGAUUUCCAGGAAGCAUUGGAGCAAGUGGAUCAAGCAUAUCUACAGGAGAUGUUUGCCAAUGCACCCACAGCCAAGGAGGAUAAGAAAUCGGACUUUGCAGAGCUGGACGAGUCCAUUAGCUGGGAGAGCAUACAAGUUAUGGCUCAGAAAAUGGGCAAAAACAAAGACUAUGACAUGGACGUUAUAAUGACGCUGCUUAGCUUUCUACUAAAGCUCUGGAAUGAUCAGAUUGCCAACUACACAAAGCAUGAGAAGCUAUCAACAAAGGUAAAAAUGACGCGCGUCAUCUACACACAGACCAAGGAGUAUGUGAAGCCGUUGUUUCGCAAGCUGAAGCAUCAUACACUGCCCGAGGAUAUUCUGGACAGCCUGAGAGAUAUAUGUAAGCACCUAUUGAAUCGAAAUUAUAUACAUGCCAGCGAUGCGUAUCUGGAAAUGGCUAUAGGCAAUGCGCCGUGGCCUAUAGGUGUGACUAUGGUGGGCAUUCACGCACGUACAGGCAGAGAAAAGAUUUUCUCCAAGAACGUGGCGCACGUAAUGAACGAUGAAACACAAAGAAAAUAUAUACAAGGAUUAAAGCGUUUAAUGACCAAAUGUCAGGAGUACUUUCCAACAGAUCCUUCCAAGUGCGUAGAGUACGUAAGCAAGAAGGAUCGCGAAUAAACAUAUAUAUUUUAAGAUUAUAUAAUAUCAACAAUAAGCUUUUAAGUUUAAUAAAUUUUCAAUGGAACUGUAUUUUUAUAUAGAG